CUGAAAACAAUCUUGACAACGAUGGCGAAAACAAAGAUUUAAAUAUUUUUUGUUCCAGACAGUUGUUUUAAUUCUCCAAAAUAAAUCAGAGAAUGGCAAGCAUGAAAGUUCAAGGCAAUAUAACAGCUAGAGGAGAGGAGCCUCCCAUGUUUCUCCAGAGGCCCUCUACAGGAAAAUCACAAGAUGUUCGUCACAUCUUGACCAGGACAUUUAGAGACUUAUAUACCAGGGAUGCCAUAGGGCCAGAAACUGUUCGUAAUCUGAAUGUGUCUAAAGGUGGUGAUGAUCCUUAUCAUGAGAGAUAUGUAGAGUCACUACAAAAGGUGUUUGAAGAAAGACAAAGAAGGUUAGAUGAAGCAGCAAAGCUGGAGAAACAUAUCAUGCAGGCCCAGGCUAGAGCAAUGUCUGCUGAUGAAAAGGAACUAAACAGAGUAUCUAAAAGUUGUGAAAAUUAUAAUGAAUUAGGACUUCCACCAGGUAGAUCACAUUUCAGGUCAUGUAUUGACACUGAUCUAUUGAGGAAGAACAAGUUACUGACACCUGAAGAUUAUGCCACAGAAGAGCCAUCAGCAGUGCCCCCACCACCAUCUCCAAAGAUUCCUAGUUAUGCUCGAGUAACUGUAUCCUCACAACAACAUACCAGGAUGUCCGAGAUGAGGGAACAUUCACCAUUUCCUCCACAGAGGACUGACUUGGAAGACCUAGAAGGACCAACAUUCCUUUCUGAGGAUUUCCAGGAGGGAGGACUGGAGUCAUCCAGGCCAGAUAUGGAAGAAGUUACAAGGACAAAAAGAGAGCAUGGAUGGAAGAUAUAUAUGUCAGAGGAACAAAGGGAACAGGACAGACAGGAUCUGGCUACCUUACAGUCUAAAGUCAAUUAUAAGAGAAAUCCACGCUUUGUACCUCCAUCAGCAACACCUGGUGGUAGAACUUUAAUCAAGGGGUAUAACCCUGUCUCCAAACAAGUUGGCAUUAAACCAGAUCUUGGGGAUGAAAAGAAAAAGGAGCCAUCACUGAUCUUCUUGUUAUCACCACCUAUUGUAAAGUUUACAAAUUACAAGUCUGGACAGGUGUAUGAAUUGACCUUGGAACUUAAGAAUGUAUCAGCAGUGUUAAGACAGUGUAGAGCAUUACCACCAACAACAUCUUACUUCUCUGUGGGACUUGGUCAGUUCCCAGGAGAGCAUGGAUUGGUAGCUCCUGGAAUGAGUUGUCACUAUGCUAUAAGGUUUGCCCCAGACUCGUUAAAGGACUAUGAUGAUGAGAUCAGAAUUCAGACCCAGUCAUCAGCACCAAUUAUAGUCCCACUUCAAGGAAGAAGAGAACCUCCAAAGAUUACUUUACCAAAGGUAUUAGAUGUUGGUUACUGUCUAGUGGGUGGCUACCACGUGGCACAGUUUAUCGUUAAGAACCAUGGCGGUAAUGGAAGAUUUUGUGUAUUGAACAGAAACUCAUGGCCAGCACAUAAUUUUAAGCAAAUAAAUUCAUGGGUUUUUGGUCAUAAGAAGUUUGGUAGCUCUAAAUCUUCUGUGGUAACAAAUGGUGCAGUAGCCAUGCCACCAUUUAAUGUGAGGCCGUCCGUUGUAGAGUUGAUGAAGGGAGAGAGUGGGGUAAUUGAGGUUAUCUUCAGUCCUAAGUCUGUCAGAAACUUCACACAAGAAAUGACAUUAGUCUGUGACAACUGCAAUGUUCAACAUUUUACACUACAAGGAGAGUCUCAGAAAGCUGGUGUUGAGUUGGUAUCAGUAGAAAGAGGAACAUCAGAUCCUGUACCAGGAGAGUUAACAGACAAUACUGCCCAACACCUGAUAAGAUUUGAUGAUCUCAACCCAUUUACAUACACUGAUAGAGCCAUCAUUGUUAAAAAUCCUACAAAUGUGUCAUUACCAUUCCAAUGGAAUAUCUAUAAACCUGAUAUGUCUGACCCAGAGGAGAUGGAGGGUAGGAAGAUAGACAGGGUACCAGAUGUAGAUUCUGUCUUCAGUGUUCAUCCUCCUAAUGGUACACUACCUCCAGCUGGACAGAUAGAAUUCAAAAUAACAUUUGCCCCACCCAUUGUGAAUGAGUUCCACAGUGUAUUGCACAUGCAGUUACAACAAGUUCCUCCCUUCAGUGAGGGUGGAUCUGCUAAAUCAUCAAAGGCAGGUAGCUCUGAACAUGGGGAUGAUGAAAACUUUGAUGACAGUGUUUCAGAAAUAAUCUUGAAUACAGAUGUGAAAGAGAGUAGAGAUUACACAGCAUUAGAAAUAGAAGUGAAGGGGAACAGUAUUCCACUGAAUGUUGUUCUUCAUCCUUAUGCUAUUCAUAUACCAGGUCAAAACUUGGUGGGAACUACUGUCAAAAAACUAUUUGCUAUGGCCAAUCACAGCAGAUCAACAAUAACUUUUACAUGGCAGCCAUGUAACGAAAAACAUAUAUUAGAAGUGGAGCCGCCUUUUGGGGAACUUGAUCCUGGAAUGGCUAUGGAUAUGGAGAUCAGUAUUACUGGUGCUGAACCUGGUAAAGUCAUCGACAAUCUCUACUGUUAUGUCAUGAAUCUGGACGAACCAUUACAUCUUCAUGUGGAGGCUGAUUUCAAAGGACCAGAGCUACGCAUUGAAGAGCCUGAUAUAAAUUUUGGACUGAUUCGACUAGGCCAGAGUAUUACAAAGGAAAUAACACUGAUGAAUAUGUCACAGAUUAUUACCAAAUGGAGCAUACAAGAUAGUCCUGUGUUCUCAUCAUCUGACGAUCCAAUGGCUGUAAGUGAGUUUACGUUUACACCGGCAAGUGGAGAGGUUCAACCAUUAGCUAAGCUGAAAGUGUCUAUCAAAUUCACUCCAACAGCUAUCAAGUCAGUCAAGAGAGUUUUUGAAGUUACUGUUGAGGACGGAAAUGAAUGUAACAUAUCUGCCAUUGGAGAAGUACAGUCACCUAUGGUAUGUCUGUCAUCUUGUGAGAUUUGCAUGGAAGAUGUUUACAAACAGGUACCAGUAAGGUACCAGGCUGUUCUUGUUAACCAAACACUUCUUGCUACAGAGUUUAAAUGGGGUCAGGUUGAAGGAGAGCAUGCCAAAGACUGUGAAAUUGAGCUUGACCCAAUGAAAGGUUGUAUAAAUCCCAGGGAAGAGAAAGCCAUCACUGUAAACUUUAGAGCUGUUAGGAGUGGAGAGUUUUCAGACCUUAGAAUACCAUGCUUUGUUGAAGGGAUAGAAUCUCCACUAUAUCUAGGUCUAUUUGCUGAUGUUAAAGGACUAUCAGCUUCAUACAGAAUGUCAACAGAUGGAAAUAAUCCUCGAUGUGCAGAGAAGCUAGACUUCGGUGAAGUGUUGAUUGGUACAACCCCUAAGUUAUAUCUCCAUAUUAGUAAUGAGUCUGCUAUCUCUGCCCAUUAUAGUAUUAGUGCAGACUACUUCAUUGCCAAACCUCCGACACCUCCUCAAGACAAAGCUAAUAGAAGUACAAGGAAGUCAUUACUAAACAAAACACCAAAUCUCGCAGACCCACUUGCCAAAACAUCGGCAAAAGCUAGGGCAGAUUUAUGCCAGGCUAUGUUAGUACAAGGACUUGGAGCCUCAUUUGUGGCACUACCAGCAUCAGGCAAACUUCAGCCAUAUCGUCAGGAAUUGAUUGAAAUAACAGCUUAUAGUGAUAUGUGGGGAUCAUAUACAGACACAAUCAACAUCAAGUAUUACCACAGUUAUCAUCCACAAAAGGUUGGAGAUUUGGACACACAUUGUAUACCAGUCAGUAUGAAUGUCAUUGGAUGUCCACUUAACUUCCAAAUGACUGCAGCUAAACAUGAACAGAAACCAGUUGUCAGAUUUGGUACCCAUGUGUCAGGAGUAGCACCUAUAAAUAGAUCUAUGAGAAUAAACAAUAUCAGUCCUUUUGAUAUCCGGGUAGAUUGGGAGACAUACAAUAUUGUUGAAGAAGACAACAAGAUACUGGAUGUGAUGAUAGCCUUUGGUAAUGCUUUCCCACCUAGAGAUACUAAGGGAAUAGAAAUUAUACCACCAUGGCAAAGCGAAGAGGAAACGGCUCCUGAACCUAUCAAGAGAAUGCCGACAGAUAUGAUUCCAGACACAGCUGAUUCUUCACCGCUAGUCAGCAGAGUUCACUCCAAAUAUUCACUACGUUCUCAACCACACGUUGAACUUGAAGAAGACUCGGAAGAGGAAGAGGAAGAGGUAGAGCUAGAGGUCAAGGAGGAAGAAAACCGACUUAAUGUAGUGUCCCUUUUCUAUAGAGCUCAUGAAGGGGUACCAGCUCAAGAGCCUUACAACAUAAAAGCUAAACAACUGGUGAUACCAGCUAGAGGAUUCUCCAAUGUUAACAUCACAUUUACACCACUACCAACAGAAGUAGUCACACAGGAAAUGGACUGUGAAGGAUUUGCCAUUGCCCAUAUGAGUUUAGAUAAGAAUCCGAAUGUUGAAAAUAAAGUAACAAGAAAACAAGGAUAUGAAGUUAAUCCACUCCAUCUUGAUAUGGCUGCUCAUCUUAAACCUGCAUUAUUAAGUAUGGAAUGUAUGGACGAGGAGGGCAUGAGAUACAGAUCUGCUAUGAGUGAUCUAAUGUUGGACAGUCAGGGAAAUACACAUUCUGAGAGUUUUAGAGUAAUGGGAGCUAUAUUAUCUAAUCAGACAGAGAGUCCACUUGCCUUUAGGCUGAUAUCCAAACCUCCAUUCUUGUUAGUUGAUUUAGAUCCCUCAACAAACAGAGAAGAAUCAACUAAAGCUUAUGUUACAGAAUUCCAAACAUUAAAACCACAACACAAUCUACCAGUAAAGAUAGCAUUUCAGACAACCACAGACUUGCUUAAAUACUUAAAUGACUCGGACUAUGAUAAUGUUACCUUGAGAGAACAGGAUGGUAAAAAGAUUGACAUUAAAGAUGAUCUUGUUGUAGAGUUCAACAAUGGAACCACACAGAAACUGCCAUUGUAUGCUACACUAUCAGUACCUCAGAUGGAGUUAUCAAAAGAAUCCUUGGACUUUGGUACCUGUUUAGUAGGACAAAGAAGGGAACUACAAUUGACGAUAUCUAACAGGACAGCUUCUCAUUGUCACUGGAGAGUUUAUCUAGAUAACACAUCAGGCUGCACCACUAAUGAUACUUUCUCCAUUGAACCAACAGAAGGAUAUUUAGAGGCUCACAUUACCCAUGUGUCAGACAGUAAAUCUCUGCUCAAAGUCUACUUCACUGCUAAACAUUCUGAGUGUUAUGAAGCUGUAUUUGUUUUCCGAGGAAACCUUGGAGAAGAACCAUGUAAAUUGUUUAUCAGAGGCAGUGGAUCUUAUGAUGAGAAACAUGAAGCCAUUUUGAAUGUGUGAAAUUCAUUGACUGUCAUGUGACUAAAUUCUAGAAAUGGCAUCUAUGUGUAUGUGUAUUCAUAUGAUACAUUAUUUUUUAUGGAGGAAUUCCCUCAAAGCUGAUUGUAUUUUUGCAUGCUACACAGUGCUUAUGCAAAAGCUUUAGUUUUUCAGAUUGCUUGUAAGUCCUCCAUUUCCUGUUUAAAGAAGAUAACCAUCAAUAUAGGAUGAUAAAAGUUCUUAUUUUAUGUGGUCUAAAUGCUAAUGCUUACAAUUCUUAACUGAUCUCUUGAAAAUUAUUCUCCAGCCUAAAGUCUUGAAGCUUUCUCACACAUCAUAAGAUCUCCAAUAUUUGUUUUCAAAAAUUAUUUCAGAAAAAAGUUACGAAUAGCGUUAUCUUUAUUAUUUAAUUCUGAAGGAGGUUAGAGUGAAAUGUACAUAAUUACAUUGUGUUUUUAAACCAUUCUGUAAAAUGGUAUAAUUCUUGUUGAUUUACAUUUGUUAUUAUAUAAAACAUUCCGUCCAAUGUUCCAUUUUAUAUUUUAUUUGGUCAUGUUUCUCUGGGAAUUCAUGUUCUUAAAUAUCUUAUUUUUGUAAUUGCAAUUGGGCAACUGAGAUGAAGCCAUCCGUUCUCUACAUUGUAUCAUUUGCUUUUUCUUGACUGUCAAAAGUUAAAUCUUGUCACUCUGUAUUCUAAUCAGUUCUCCUUAGAACUUAACCUUUAAAUAUAAACAGUUUUAAAGGCCAAUAGAAGAAUUUAUUGAUUGAGAUAUGAAGUGAAAUUAGUUACAUAGAAGAAUGGUCUAAUAUUCUUUCAAAGGAACAUUGUCUGGUAGAAAUAAAUUCAAUGGUAUGUUUCCAAAAUUGUUACAGGAGCAUACAUGGAUUGAUUCCAAUUUUGAACAAAUCAUUUCGUCUGUUCAUUAUCUUAUGAUUAUAAUCUUCCUUAAAUAAUGUUGACAAUUUUACAACAGUAUAUUUAUAAAGAUCUUUUUUAGUUUUGAUAGUCAUGUCAAUAUUGUUUACAAAUAUUUACAAUAUGCAUCAAACGUGAAAUGAUAAUAACAUGUAUCCAUAUAUAUAAACAGAGCAUAAAUACAGGACACUGUUGACAGAGGAAUACAAAGGGAAAAUAUACAUACAAGACCUAGUUUAAUCCCUAUUGUUUUAACUUGGUUAUUAGUUUAUAUAUAAGUGCUAAUAUGUUGUUUCAUUUGAUGGCUGAAUUUAAAUUAUAUCAUCUUUGAUUGAAUUGCAAUGAAGAUCUAUAAAACAGAAUUUAUGUAAUGAAAACUUAAUUGCGAGUUAAGUGCUAGUUCUUAUUAUUGCAAUUAUCACCCAGUUGAAUUAUUCGCAAUAAUAAAAACCUCGCAAUAAUUUCUGAAUUUACAUGUAAGUAGUACAAAAUGAAUGUGAGGAUAGAAAUGUAAAAUAGCAUAAUGGUGGCAUCACGAGUAAACAAGUACUUCACUUUGAGAUUUCAGUAAUUUUUCUUGUCAAAGUCUCGUCACUUCUCUCUAUGAUUCUACAGUAGUGUCAGCCUUGAUAUAUACAUGUACAUUAUUUGAAUGUGUUUUAUAAUCCUGAAUUUUAAAUAUUGCUCUUUUUACAUGUUUAAACAAAUAAAGUUUACCAGUGUUCUGUGAUGAUAAGAAUUCAAACCAUAUUUAUAUUUGAGAACUGUGAUAUUAAAAUUAUUGCAUUA